CAUAUUCCCGCUACGCCUAAAAAACGCAACAUAGAAGAUUAUGACGGACGAUUCACGCGACUCUUCAACGAUUCGCCAACGCUACUCUCCGACGAUUUGAAUCUAGACAUCGUCGGCAACAAUGGUUGAAACUCGGGGUUCUGCAACAUCAAGCAAAGAGGGGAAAGUUUACGAAAGAUCUACAGCGUGCCGGAAGACCGAAGCAAAAACGGAGCCCGCAAAAGCCGUUAAGCAUCGAAAGCCACCUUUAAAGAGCAAUGUUGAGGGACGCAAUGUUAUCAAACCACACUCGUCAACAGCUGACGGAGAUGCAUCUGCUGACAUUCUGAACAAGGACAAAGGGCAAGCUGUGAAUGAGUUGUCUGGAAAGGGUAUAGUAUUGGAAGGUUCAGAUACUAUGAGCAAGUGUACAACACAAAAAGUGAAGAAGCCGCUGUCAUUGAAUGUGUUGCAUGCAAUUUCAAUACGUAAACAAACCGAAGCAACAAAGAGAUCAAAGCUAAUCGGUGGUACAGUUGGAAGCAAAGAUGUGGACAAGGAAUCAAGUGCCAAGAAAACCACAGGUUGUGGUGUUGAGCAUGAAAAGAAUAGUUCUGAUAGCAUCCCUGAAUCAGACAAGAGUACUAACAAUGAAGAUGUUUUUGGUAAACAAACUGUGGAGGAUACGACUGUCAAGAAAACUAAUAACAAGGGAACCUCUUGUAUGUCUGGUUGGGAAAAGAAUAAGGUAACAAUGAAAAAUGUGUCUUUAGACCAAGUUUCCGGCAAGGAGAUUGUUGAACAGACCAUCACAAAAGAUAUUGUUGGUGAAAAAAUUGAUGGAGAUAUGGCUGUCGGUGAAGCUUCUGAGAAGGGAUACUCUGGUGUGUCUGGUCCCUUCGUCUUCACAACUUCAGGAGGAUGAACUUCAACAACAAGGGGUUUCUCCCCACCAUUAAAAGACUCAAUACGCUGCUUCUUUUGUGCAGCUGACAAUACCACACCAUCGGCAAAAAUCUGCUGCCUUGCAUCACGAAGUAUAGAAGUCAAUUCAUGGGUUUGAUCAAUGUCGACGGAAACAGCUUGAUACAAAGACAACAUUUCACCCAACAAGAUAGACGAAGCCUUCUUCUUCUCAUCCACAUAGACAUGAGUAAUCACAUCUUCACUGUCAACACCAUGAGCUGACUUUACUAGUGGGGACUUUAACCAUCGACCUCCAAUCAAAUUGUCAGGAAUCAACUUAAAGUUUUUGUGUUUCAACACAAGGAAGAUGUGACAGCAUACAAGACCAGUUCUCAGAAACAAUUUGCAACCACAAUCAAAGGCAGAAUCUAAUUCUGAGUAUGUAACAUUCCAUGUGUUUGAGAAAUGAUCUAAUACCUUGUAGAUGUCAUGAGUAGAUUCAUUUGAUAUCGCCAAAAUACUGCAAUGAUUGUAUGCCUCCAGUAUUUGGUCUUGAAUUUCCUUGAAUGCACUGUCAGUGAAUAUUGUAGAAGCAUACUUCUCAAUAGGCCACUGUGUUUUCAA